AAGGUAGUUCAGUGAACCAGGAACCUAUCGGGAGAGAUUGGGAGUUUCCAUUUAUAAAUAUCAGCACCAAACUAGUGGGAAAUGCCUUUUUAUAGUGCGCAUUGUGUGUUCAAUAUUGCACCAUGUUUUCAAAUCAACAUUUACAUCAUAGCUUCAACUGAAUCAACUCCUGAAUAUAUGAGAAUCGAUGGUUAUUGAUCAGUUUCAUAUGAUUCCGAUGUGAAUUUUGAUUCCAACUGUCAAUUCACAAACAGAAAAUACCAUGUGUUGUAAUAUUCUUGAUGUUCUCCAAAAUACUUUAUCUAAAAAUUUGGUACUCACAAGAUUCAAAUCCCUUCUUGCCUUUGAACUUUCUCAAAUGUCUAAAAGAAACGGUUAGCUGUCCAUGUCAAUGAUCACUACAUAGUAAGAAAAAUAAUACUAAACAAAAUAGUUGUGCUUGAUAAGAAACAUCAUUUGACAUAAACAUAGGUGUUUAUAUCAGGAAAAUAGUGCAAAUGACUGCAGGAAACAGGGCAGAGGAUUUGGUUUCAUCUCUGAUUCAUGGACAAAUGAAAUGAAAUCAUCACGUUAAAAACUAGCUUGAAUUCUGUAACGGAAAGUGUCUGAAUUACUCCGUAUAUUAAAGGAAAAGUCAAAUUUGUUGAAGGGACAGAGGGAACUAUUUGGGGGUUGAAUUGUAAAUUCGUUGUUUCUUUAACCUCGCCAUAAACGGCUGCCUUUUUGAAGAUUCCUGAAUGCUUUGAACCUCAGUCUAUAUAAACUCCUUGCACGCCUCCGAACAAAACGAAAAACCAACAUUAUUUUUUGGCUUGAUGGAGAUGUGGACAACUCCAAGAAGAAACCAGGUUCUGCAGGUUCUUGAUACCAUAGUAUUACUUGGAAUAGUUUUGGUUUUGAUUAAAAUAAAUGGUGUUGAAAGCCGAAAGGUGAGAGUUUUAGACGCAUUUGACUACUCAGCUAUAGAUUGCAGCAGAAAGUACAGUGCUUCAUUGACAGACUUUGGAGGAGUUGGUGAUGGAGUGACAUCAAAUACAAAAGCUUUUCAGGCAGCCGUUGAUAACCUGAGCCAGUAUGCAUCAGAUGGCGGAUCCCUACUAUUUGUUCCUCCUGGAAAAUGGCUGACUGGUAGUUUUAAUCUUACCAGCCAUUUCACUCUGUAUCUCCACAAGGAUGCUAGUCUUCUUGGUUCACAGGAUGAGAGUGAAUGGGCUAUCAUUGACCCUCUACCGUCCUAUGGUCGAGGAAGGGAUGCAGAUGGUGGAAGGUAUAUCAGUCUUAUUUUUGGAACCAAUCUUACUGAUGUUGUGAUAACAGGGGACAAUGGCACUAUCGAUGGUCAGGGUGUUACCUGGUGGGACAAAUUCCACAAGGGAAAGCUGAAAUACACUAGGCCUUACCUUAUUGAGAUAAUGUACUCCAAUGAAGUUCAAAUCUCUAAUCUCACAUUGAUGAACUCUCCUUCAUGGAAUGUUCAUCCUGUUUACAGCAGCAAUGUUGUUGUUCAACGAUUAACAAUCCUCGCACCAGUAACUUCUCCAAACACUGAUGGGAUCAACCCAGACUCUUGCACGAAUACCCGAAUCGAGGACUGCUACAUUGUCUCUGGAGAUGAUUGUGUAGCCGUAAAGAGUGGCUGGGAUGAAUAUGGUAUCAAGUUUGGUAUGCCAACAAAGCAGCUGGUGAUCAGACGGCUCACAUGUAUUUCUCCAUUCAGUGCAGUAAUUGCACUAGGUAGUGAGAUGUCCGGUGGGAUCGAGGAUGUUAGGGCAGAAGACAUCACAGGCAUUAAUUCGGAAUCAGCCGUGAGGAUUAAAACAGCUGUGGGAAGAGGAAACUAUGUCAAAGACAUAUAUGUGAGAGGGAUGACUAUGAAAACUAUGAAAAUGGUGUUUUGGAUGGCAGGGAAUUAUGGCUCUCAUCCUGACAAUAAUUAUGAUCCUAAUGCAAUUCCAGUUAUCCAAAAUAUCAAUUUCCGAGAUGUUGUUGCAGAGAAUGUGACUAUGGCAGCUAGAUUGGAGGGAAUUCCAGGCCAUCCAUUCACUGGAAUUUGCAUAUCCAAUGCGACGAUUGGACUGACAAAAAAGCCAAAGAAGAUUCAAUGGAACUGCACUGAAAUUGCCGGGGUUUCAAGUAAUGUUACCCCUCAGCCGUGCAAUCUGCUUACGGAUCAAGGACCCGAGAAUGCCUGUAAGUUUCCAGAUGACAGCUUCCCAAGUGUCGAAAUUUAAGUUUAAAUGUGCUCUUACAGAAUUUGUGACAGAAUAUGAAGUUAUGAAAUCAAUUUCUUUUAUGUAAGAAAUAAAUAUAUGAUUUGUAUUUUACAAUCCUUCUGUAAACUCUCAUCAGAUACAAAGUCGGAUGAAGUCCAGCCUCGGUCAUGUUUGAUCGAGUUUGCAGUCGUAAACAAAUCUCUAAGCAUGAUAUACACAACCCCCAAAAUUUUA